UGAGAUGAUGGGAGGAGCUAAAGACCAAACACAUAACGCGUCACUCGGAUCCGUUCACAGCGCAUUAUUUCUGGGUCAUUAUCAUCGGCUCCAAACUCGAAACAGACCCAGAGCUUCACAUUUGAGGACGAGCAUCGAUUAAUAACAACGGUGGAGGAAGGAGCAUGGACAGUUUGUGCUCUCUCCAGCUCUAAAAUACCCAGUGACCGUAACAUGAGGACCGGUGGAGAAUAACAUCUUAUCCUGAGGGUUGUUACAGAAAGCUAGAGAAAAUGAACCAGGUGAACGGAUACGUGAUCAUUUAUUUAGUGGCCGCGAUUGGUUUCUGUGCGGCAGAGGCUUUCAACAUCUCUGUGGUGGAUGGAGGCCGAGGAGAGAACGGGACGGAGGCAGAUGGGGACGGCUUGGUUCCUGUGGUGCUCAGCAAAGUAAACCAGAUCAUCGCCCGUGAGGGGAACUGUGCAUUAAUUGACUGUAAUAUCACCGGCGACCCUUUUCCAAAUAUCCAGUGGUUCAACUCGCACGGACACCUGCUUGACGUUAAGAAAAGUGAUGGAAAAUGGUGGAUUCUGGACAACGGCGUCCUCAACAUCACCAGCAUCACGUUCGCGGACCGUGGCAAAUACACGUGCGUGGCGUCCAACGCUCACGGCAAGGCCAACUGCACAGUGACUCUGCGCGUGGUCUUCACCAACGGAGAUAUGGGUGUGUAUUACAUGGUGGUGUGUCUAGUGACGUUUACCAUCAUCAUGAUUCUGAACAUCACUCGCCUUUGCAUGAUGAGCAGCCAUCUGAAGAAAACCGAGAAGGCCAUCAACGACUUCUUCCGCACAGAAGGUGCAGAGAAGCUGCAAAAGGCUUUUGAGAUCGCGAAACGUAUUCCUAUCAUUACCUCGGCAAAAACGCUGGAGCUGGCGAAGGUCACGCAGUUCAAGACCAUGGAGUUUGCGCGCUACAUCGAGGAGUUAGCACGUAGCAUACCGCUCCCGCCGCUGAUCAUGAACUGCCGCACCUUCAUGGAGGAGAUCCUCGAGGUCGUCGGCGUGGAGGAAAUGAGACACACUUUUGUCCGGCAAGCACCCGAGGGUCACGACUUGACGGCUGCCGGCACUUCUGAUGAUGUUUUCACGAUCUUGCAUGAAAGAGAGCGGGCGAGAGAAAGGGAACGCAGCGAUUCUCCCGCCGUGGACUCUGACGAUGCGUCGCUUCACGAGCAACCUCAGCACAUAGCUAUUCAGGUUUCAGUUCAUCCACCGUUGGCUGCAGCAGAAUGCUGUAACAUAGAAGCUCCGCCUCUUUCCAACAUAGUCUCCUCUCCACCCCCAUUGGCUCAGCUGGCUCUGGAGGCGGAGUCUAAGGAAAACAAGGCGGAGUCUGUACAAGAUGAUGGUGUUGCACAGAAAACCCAAGUCAUUUAUGAAAGCCAUGUGUAAUAUCCUGAAGGAAGGAUAAUGACCUCGCUAUGCAUUUUCUUGGGGAACGAAAAGGUCAAGAUUAGUUUUUCUUCUCAGAAGUUGCUUUCUAUAAGCCAUCUUAGGAAAGAUGAGGAAGCGUGGCAUUUGUGUUCGGGUCAAUCUCUCAAAACUCAAAUUUCUGGGUCGUAUUUUACCUAAAAAAAAAUUUAAUAAAAAAAAAAACAGAUUAAUAUUUUGCAUAAAGCAAAUAAAGCCCAUUUUUAAUAGUUUCUUGAUUAUGCUGACAUUUUGGUGACAACCCUCCAUUUAUAAAAUAUAUUCUAAUGCAUGAAAUGGUCUCAUUACAUUUUUUAAACAUUACAGUAAUGUAAUUCACUCAAAACGGUAGUCACAAUCCCUUAAAAAAUAUUAUUAGACCUAAAAAUAGUUCAGUUUUGCGGUAAAAUAUAACCUUGUAAUUUCUUUGUGAGAUUGACCUGUGUAAGUUAAAUAUCCCAUGACAAUGAAUACUCAUGCUGAAUGUAUUUUAGAGUGAUGUUCUCUAUUUAUUUAGAAAAUCCAGGUUUGCGCAUGAUUUCUUUUUUCUUUUCCCGUAGUAAACAGAAACUAGGUCUACUGAGGGACACAAAGCUCACAUCUCACAUCAUAAGCAGCAGACAGAAAGUAGUUCUGUCGGAUGUAGUUACAGAUUAUUCAUUUCACAAGUGAAUGAGAAGGAACGACUGAUUAAUACAAUUUGGCUGAAAGUAAAACUCUUACUGUUUGAGGUCGAAGUGCAUUUUUCAUUGAGUAGAAAUCAAGCAUUUGUAAAAAUAUUUCAGAAGUGACGUGCACAGUAAUUCCCUCUUAUAAUGCAUGAAGAACGCAUGUCGAUCUGUUUUCAGCGCUGGAUUCGGAGAGACGAAGCUUUUGUUCGUGUGAUCUCGUCUGCUAUGUGUUAUUUAUCAUUUGCGUCAGGCUUUGAUAAUUGAAUAACACUGUAGAAAUUUCAGUUUGAGAUUUCUAGACUUCUUCAGUUUAGUUUCCACUGGAGUCUUUAUACUGUUACUGUAACGAUGGUGUUAUUACAUUAGUAAUACUACUGUAUUACUUUUGAUUUCAAAUGCACAGUUAGGUUUUUUUCUUUUUCUUUGAGGAUCAAACAGAGAGUCCUUUAUAACGGAGCCCCAAUAAAAAUGCUGAAUCUCUUCUGAUGUCCUAGAAACACAGUUUUGCUUCUUAAAAAGGCUUACCUUUUAGUUUCAGUGCUAACAAGUUAGAAUUCCUCAGUGUUGAUCUUGAUUUUUUUUUGGGGGGGGGCUCUACUUUUAGAGUAAUCUAGCAGUCAACUGCACUGCUGUAAAUUAGCUAACUGGUUAAGCACUAGCCAUUACGAAUGUUCCUGGUCAGGAUUGUCAGAGGAAGCGAUGGCUGUUUAAGUAGUGAAAUAAAGCUGCUGUAUACCCAUGA